AUGGCUCAUUACCGAGCACCUGAACAUGAAGGCCUUCAGGUUGUUGAGGGGUUUGGGUUGGAAUUAGCGACACUUCCUCCUCCCGCCGCGACGCCGAAGUACUUACGGGUUCUGUUCGCUGAUGAAGGUUGUGGAAAACGAGGAGAUGAGCGAAAAAGCGUUCGAGGGAUGCUUGAUGUUCUUGCGGCGUACCAUGCGGAUGUGUUAGGGGGGAAGCGGAUGAGACGACAGAAAAUCUUGCUUUGGAGUUUUGUCGUUGUGAUUUGGAUGAUUGUUGUUUUUGGGGGUGUCUAUGGGGGGCUGGUUGUUAAGAGAGGUUCGAGAUCUGGAACUAGCUCACUUUCCAGUCAAGGGCUGAGCAAUGGGACUCAAAACUUGGUACACUCGAAAGUUUCGCCAUCUGUACGGUCUAGUCCACAUCCACUGUCGAGCGGCGACUCAAGUACACGGAGCAGCACAUCAAGCUUCAUCGGGGGAAGCGUCAUCAGUACAGGCGAAACUCCCACCGUCACAAUCGUUGUGACGGCGUCUGUUAUUUUGACCGCGGCUCCCAGUACGGAGUCAACGAAAGCAAGCGAAACGGAAUUGAGUUCAAUACUUGAGACGUCCUCUUCGGGGUCGGUAAUGGAUAUCGUGGCGAGAUCAGCCUGCGAAAGUGCAACGGUAUCGUUGAAGCCGAUGUGA